UUGUGGGCAAAAUGGCGGCGCGCUGGAGCAGCGAGAAUGUUGUGGUGGAGUUCAGGGACUCCCAGGCGACCGCCAUGUCUGUGGACAGCCUGGGGCGCCACGCGGUUCUCUCCGGGCGGCGCUUCCUCUACGUCGUGAACCUUGAAACCCCUUCUGAGGCCUUAAGAAAAAUAGCCCGACAGAGCAAGUGGGACGUGGGGACGGUGCAGUGGAACCCUCACGAGUCAGGGGCCCACCUGUUUGCUGCCUCUAGUAACCAACGUGUGGACUUGUACAAGUGGCAAGAUGGGGCUGGGGAGAUCCACACAUCCCUGCAAGGACACACUCGUGUCAUCAGUGACCUGGAUUGGUCCUGGUUUGAGCCGGAAUUUCUUGUCACUAGCUCUGUCGACACGUACAUCUAUAUCUGGGACACUAGAGAUACUCGAAAACCUACUAUAGCUCUGUCUGCUGUUGCGGGAGCCUCUCAGGUGAAGUGGAAUAAGCGCAGCCCCUUCUGCCUUGCUUCUAGCCACGAUGGGGAUGUUCGCAUUUGGGACAAGAGGAAACCCAGCACAGCAGUGGAGUAUGUGGCAGCCCAUUUGUCGAAAAUACACGGCUUGGACUGGCACCCGGACAAUGAGUUCAUCCUUGCCACAUCCAGUCAGGACAACUCAGUGCGGUUUUGGGACUACAGACAGCCAAGGAAGUAUCUUAACAUUCUGCCAUGCCAGGUGCCCGUGUGGAAGGCUCGAUAUACACCCUUCUCCAACGGUAUGGUGACGGUCAUGGUGCCCCAGCUGCGGCGCGAGAACAGCCUGCUGCUCUGGAGCACCUUGGAGCUCAACAGCCCAGUGCACGCUUUUGUCGGCCAUGACGAUGUUGUGCUGGAGUUCCAGUGGCGGCGGCAGAAAGAGGGGUCAAAGGACUACCAGCUGGUGACCUGGUCCCGGGAUCAGACCCUUAGAAUAUGGCGUGUGGAUCAGCAGUUGCAGAAGCUGUGUUCCAAUGACAUCAUGGAGACAGUGGAUGAACUGGAGGGGAUGCUGCUCACCCCAGAGUUGGAGAAAAACCUGCAGCCUCAGGUCCCAGAGUCACAGCAGAGCCCUGAACACGUAGCAGAAGAGCCAGACUACCAACUAGACAGCCUGCAACCGGUCCACACAUCAAACAGUAAGCAGGAGCCACCCGGCCUCCCACAGACCCUUCAGCAGGAGUUCUCUCUGGUCAAUCUGCAGAUUCGCAACGUCAACUUGGAGAUGGACGCUGUGAACCGCAGCUGCUUUGUGACAGCCCGCUGUGGCCCCAACCGCGUCCGCCUUGUGGUCAAGUUCCCAGCUCAGUACCCAAACAAUGCUGCCCCUUCCUUCCAGUUUGUGAGCCCUACCACCAUCCAACCUUCUGUCAAGAGUAAGAUUCAGAAGAUCCUGACUGACACGUCCCUGCAGAAGGUGAAGAGGAAUCAGAAUUGCCUGGAGCCAUGUGUGAGGAAGCUGGUGUCCUGCCUGGAGUCUUAUAUAGCUCAGGAGGACGGCAGCUCGGUGAACCCAUAUGUGCCAGUGACCCCACCACCUCUGCAGGCCUUCUCUACGUACACAUAUGGCUCCUACCAGGAUGCAAACAUCCCCUUCCCUCGCACCUCGGGGGCUCGCUUCUGUGGCACAGGCUGUCUGGUGUACUUCACAAGACCAAUCACAAUGCACCGCUCAGUGUCACCAACGGAGCCCACGCCCAGGUCCCUGUCAGCCCUGUCAGCCUACCAUAGCGGGGUGAUGACCCCCAUGAAGAUGCGCAGUGAAUCCCAGAGCACCCUGCGGUUAUACAGUGGCAGCCCCACACGCUCCGACAAGGAGCAAGUGUCCAUCUCGUCCUUCUACUACAAAGAGCGGAAGCAGCCGCUGUGUGGCCCUCGCCGCUGGUCCGUUCAGACCAUUCACGACUGUCUGAAAUCACGGCGCUGGAAAAAUAAGCGUGAAGGAGGAGACGCUGCCAAAGGGCCCAUAAAGUUGGCUGGCAAGGUCAUCAUUCAGGAAAUCUCCCGGCUGCUGCCUGUGCACAAAACACUGGGGGAGACCUACAUCCUCAAUGUGAAUGACAUCCAGGAGACGUGUCACAGGAACGCCAGCGCAGCCCUAGCUGUAGGCCGUCGGGACCUUGCCAAGGUGUGGGCCCUAGCAUCUGCUGCAACAGGCUGCGACCUCAGCCCCAAUGCAGACCCUGACGCAGACACUCCCUGGGCGAGACACCCCUUUGGGCGCCUUCUGCUUGGGACGUUGCUUGACUACUACAGUAAGAUGAGUGAUAUCCAGACUCUGGCUAUGCUGUGCUGUGUGUUCGAGGCACAGGGAAGCCCCCAGGAUGGCUAUUCUCUCUUGACACAGCAGCUUCAGCGCUCCUCCAUCUUCAACCUGAACCACUUCCGCUUUCCUAGCUGCACUUCUGGCUCUGUCACAUCUGGAACAGGCUCCAGUGCCUCGGACUCGGGGCUUAACAUCAGUGCCUGGAAUGUUGGCCGGGACCCGGAGCACACCGCACCCUGGGGAGAGUCCUCUCCUGACGAGUAUCGCUAUGGCAACCAGGGCUACACAGACCCACGAGAGCGAGAAAAAGAACAGCACGAAAUGAAUCAAAGGCUCCUUGACCCAGCAAAAGUCAUGCAGUUUGAUGACUUUAAGAAGUGCUACGGUGAGAUUUUGUACCGCUGGGGGUUGCGGGAAAAGCGAGCCGAGGUCCUUAAAUUUAGCUCCUGUCCUCCAGAACCACACAAAGGCAUCGAGUUCGGCCUGUACUGCUGUUACUGCCGCAGUGAGGUGCGCGGCACACAGUGUGCCGUGUGCAAGCGCCUCACCUUCCAGUGUGCUAUCUGUCACGUGGCCGUGCGCGGCUCCUCCAACUUCUGCCUGAGCUGUGGACACGGUGGCCACACGAGCCACAUGAUGGAGUGGUUCCGUACCCAAGAGGUGUGUCCCACAGGCUGUGGUUGCCACUGCCUCCUGCAGAGCACCUUCUGAGCGCCGCAUCGGGACUCCUGCCUAGGGAAAAAUGGCAGUAACCACAGUGUCAGAUACUGUGGCACCAUGUUCUCGAGGGAAACACAGCCAGAAGUGGAUUUAUUCACCAUUACUAUUGCACACUAUAGACCGGAGAAUUAGUGUUUUUUUGUGGAAUGCCCUUUGCUCUUGUUGGGAAGUCAAGGCAACACUUGAAGGACGGCGUCGGCUUCCAGGGCCACAGCUACCUCCCUCUCAGCUUCAUGCAGGAGCUGCAGCACGAGAUGCACCGACACCUUUCACUCUCUGAAGGAAGGAUCUUUUAACUGACCUCAUUCAGCCCCGUUUGAGACUGACGUGUAUAUUUUUUUUCCCAGUGUAAAACUACUAACCUUUAUUGAAUACGA